AGCAAGUAAGACUAUCCCCUCCUUCUCAAAUUAUUCAGGUUUGUAUGUGUUUUUACUGGUAUGGGAUGUUAUCCGGUUACGAACUAAAGCCACUCCAGCCUUCCGCAGUCAACAGCAAUUGAAGCAAGCUUGGUGACGAUUGCAACUUGCAGCACCGGUUCUUUAUCAUUCAUCAAAACUAAGCAUACUCUGUUCCCCUCUGCAUGGUAGCCAUUGUCGAACCCGACAUCUCUCAACGCGACUCGUCCACGAAGAAGGCAAUGCCCAUGCGAGCCUGAACCUAUCCUAAUACUCUACAGAAAGUAUAUUCGCGAUGGCUAGUGCAGCGGGCCCUUCCCGCGAAGACUUCCGGGACGAAGACUCGAUUCUGGGGGAUGAUUUGAUUGAGGCAGAUGAUGCUAUCGCGGCCGAAGACCCGUUACACGAACCCUCCGAUACAGCCCCCUUGAGAGGCAAUAUCCAACCGAGCGCAUCCAUUAGGGGGAAUAAUUUCUCUUCUAAUUAUCUGACAUCUUCAAUUCCCGGAGAGGACCGUCGAGCUCCUCAGAAUACCAUUGAUGAGAGUGUCUGGCAGACGCUCUCGCGCGACCUUCUCGCAGUAUGGGAGAAGAUGCGACAGGUCCUGUGGCCUAAGUACCUCCUUGGGGGGUUAUUACAGCGUAGUGGAGGUGGGAUCGGCGCUGCUGAACGAGGUGAGGCUCCUGGAUUCGGACGCAGCGGCGGUCUUAGGAACCUCGUGGGCCGUUGGCCCGACGCCGAUGUUGUCCUCCAGGGUGGGAUGAGCGAGGGAUUACGCGAUUGGGAUCUAUGGGGUCCGCUAAUUUUUUGCUUGCUUCUGAGCAUGUUUCUGUCCAUGCGUGCUAAGAAGGAUCAAUCGUCUCUUGUCUUCUCAGGUGUUUUCUCCAUUGUUUGGAUUGGAGAAGCUGUUGUCACGUUGCAGAUUAAAUUACUAGGUGGAAAUAUUUCCUUCUUUCAAUCUGUCUGCAUUAUCGGCUACACCCUUUUCCCGUUGGUCAUUGCAUCUCUGCUCAGUGCUCUUGGCCUCCCCACUAUCCCUCGCAUACCGGUAUAUUUGGUGCUCAUUGCCUGGUCACUGGCCGCAGGAAUCAGCAUUCUAGGUGGUUCAGGAGUCAUAAAAAACCGGGUUGGUAUCGCAGUGUACCCUCUAUUGGUCUUUUACGUUGCGAUCGGGUGUCUGUGUUUCAUUAGUUGAAGGGAGGAACAGGUGAUGAAGGCAUUAUUGUCCUUUUCUUCUUGAUAUGAUUUUCCUGGAGGAUGAGAAUUUAUACAAUGGUUUAUAUUCUAUUUUGCCGUUAUUCAUUAUUCCCUUGCAUUAGCCUUCCCCAAGAAUAAGAUCGGAAUAACAAGAUAUCCA